UCUGACUCAAUUCCCAAGCUUCACUUUUUCUCUAAAGAAAUUGGAACAUCUGGACCUCUCUCUCCUAAAUUUGAAUGGACAAAUUCCAUACCAACUGGGAGAUUUGUCCCACCUCCGACAAUUAUACCUAUAUGGCAACCAGCUCGAAGGUUGCCUUCCAAUAUCUGUCAUCUUUCUCAACUUCAAAUCUUUGACAUCUCCAACAAUAAUAUCUCUGGAAGUUUACCAAAAUGUCUCAACCAUCUUUCUGCUUUGGCUAACGACACAAGCUUUGAUGCAAUUACAAUCUAUGAUGAUUAUGCAUUCUUGAGCGUGUUUGGUACAUUCCAUCAACGACAUAUAUCUAUAGCAAAUGAUAGUGCAUCAUUAGUGUGGAAAGGAAAGGAGUCCGUAUACCAAAACAUAUUGGGAUUGGUAAAAAGUAUUGAUCUCUCUAGCAACAUGCUAAUUGGAGAAAUUCCGAGUGGAGUGAUGGGUCUUGUGGGAUUGGUUUCCUUAAACCUUUCGAGAAAUAUGAUCGAAGGACAUAUCCCAGCAACCAUUGGAAAAUUGAAGUCAUUGGACUUUCUUGAUCUAUCAAGGAACCACUUGUCUGGAAGCAUUCCUUCAGAACUUUCACAAAUAGAUCGGCUCAGUGUGAUGAAUUUGUCAUACAACAAUUUGUCAGGAGAAAUCCCAAUUGGCACUCAGCUGCAAAGCUUUGAUCCCUCUAGUUAUGCAGGAAAUGCAGGACUUUGUGGUGAUCCUCUCCCAAAAUGUCCCACAAAGUCAAGAGAAGAUGAUCAAACUGUUAAAAGUUUUGAAGAAGAUAAACCAUUCUUUGAUGGAGGCUUUUUCAUUAGCUUGUCAAUCGGCUUUAUCACAGGAUUUUGGGGAGUUUGCUUAAUAUUUAUGAACAAAUCAUUAAGGUAUGCCUACUUUAGAUUCAUGAGUGGCGUAUAUGACAAAGUGUAUGUGCUAGUUGCUAUAAACAUGGCUAGAUUGCGCAGGUCAAAUCGAGCUUCAACUUGAAGGACUUACCCUGGCGGCGGAGCUGCAGCACAAGGUUGACUGAUGUACUUCUCUGAUGAUGCAGAUCAUGUACUAGAAAUUUGGCACUUGCUUUUAUGAUCACCAAAGUAUUUUUUAAUUUGUUUCAUUUUCUUGUCUUGUGUCAGGAAUUUUUCAUGGGUCUGUCCAGGUUUUGUGUUUUAAGUGUUUUUCGCCCAUGAUAUCGACUUUUUGUAACCACGUUUUCCUUCAUCAUCCUUAUAAAUGGAAGUUAUCAAAAAGACAG